AAGCCACUAAACCAGUAGCCGUCUUAUGUGGGUGGGUAUAAGAGCACGCGCGUGCGUGAUAACGUAAUUAUUUUCCCCGAAAUUUCCUCGAUCCUUCUGAACAGCGCAGCGGGUGAUAAGCGAUAGGCUAGUAGAAAAGUGAUUGUAUUGUUCUGGUACUUAUCAUAUAAGUCCGUGGGCUUAUUACUCGGUCCAUAUCAGCUGAGGGGACUUCUAAUCUUACAUAAAGACGCAAUAGACCCCACCGCAAACCCCAACAGCUCUCUUCCCCAAUUCUCAUCCUUUUUUUUUCUACCCCCUUAUCGUUCUCUACUUCUGCGCCUCCGCUUGCGAUUUCCUACUUUUUUUUCUCUAUCGAGAUUUCUCUCUCUUAGCUUCAAUCGGAGACGGGUUCUCCGGCGAUCGAUCCGGGGGCCUACGCUUACUCCUCCACCCGAUCCGAAUAGGCGAGGUAGGAUCCAGUCGCCGUCGCCGGAUCCCCGAUCCGAAAUAGCCCUGAUCUCGCGGUAUUGCACCUGGCCAUGAGUUCUCUUAGCAGAGAACUCGUGUUCUUGAUACUGCAGUUCCUAGACGAGGAGAAGUUCAAGGAGACGGUUCAUAAGUUGGAGCAGGAGUCGGGGUUCUUUUUCAAUAUGAAGCACUUCGAGGAGACGGUUCUCGGUGGGGAUUGGGAGGAGGUGGAGAGGUAUCUCUCAGGAUUCACCAAGGUGGACGAUAACCGUUAUUCUAUGAAGAUUUUCUUUGAGAUUCGGAAGCAGAAGUAUCUCGAGGCUUUGGAUAAGAAAGAACGGUCCAAGGCUGUGGAUAUAUUGGUGAAGGAUCUCAAGGUCUUCGCUGCUUUCAAUGAGGACCUAUUUAAGGAGAUCACCCAGCUCCUGACCUUGGAUAAUUUCAGGGAAAAUGAGCAGCUUUCCAAAUAUGGCGAUACCAAAUCAGCAAGGGCCGUAAUGCUCUCUGAGCUUAAGAAGUUGAUCGAGGCCAAUCCUUUGUUUCGUGACAAGCUGCAGUUCCCAAACCUUAAGAAUUCGAGACUGAGGACGCUUAUUAAUCAGAGUUUGAAUUGGCAGCAUCAACUAUGUAAGAAUCCGAGGUCAAACCCAGAUAUUAAAACACUAUUUUAUGAUCAUUCUUGCUCUCAACCAAAUGGUGCUCGAGUGGCAUCUCCAGCUCCUCCUGUCAUGAACGUGAUGCCUAAGCAGGGGGGAUUUCCUCAACUAGGUCCACAUGCAGUUGGUGGGGUUAUAACGCCUUUUCAGCCACAAGCAACAAAUCUUCCAACAACUCUUGCUGGUUGGAUGGCAAAUGCAUCCAAUGCCACUCCCAUGCCGCAUCCAGCUAUAUCGGGUGGUCCCCUUGGCCUUGCUGCUCCUCCCAGUUCAGCUGCUCUCUUGAAACGCCCUGUGACUCCUAACAGCAACCCUCCUGUGGAUUAUCACUCCGCAGAUUCGGAACAUGUUCUUAAACGGCCACGUGCUAUGGGAAUAUCUGAGGAGGUUGCCCUACCAGCUACUCACUUGCCUGUAGGUUAUGCUGCUAUUCCAAGGAACCAGUACAAUACUGAUGAGUUGCCAAAGAAUGUAGCCGUGACUUUAAAUCAAGGGUCUGCUGUGAUGAGCAUGGAUUUUCACCCUUCUCAGCCAACUCUUCUUCUAGUUGGCACCAAUGUCGGUGAUAUUGCUGUGUGGGAGGUGUCCACUAGAGAAAGACUUUCUCAUAGAAAUUUUAAAGUCUGGGAACUUUCAGCAUGCUCAACUCUCCUGCAGUCCACUUUGGUUAAGGAUCCUUCCAUAUCCGUUAACCGUGUUCUUUGGAGUCCUGAUGGCAGUCAGUUUGGUGUUGCAUAUUCCAAGCACAUUGUGCACUUGUACAAUUACAAUGGCCGUGAUGAUCUAUCACAGCACUUGGAGAUUGAUGCCCAUAGUGGUGGGGUUAAUGACAUUGCUUUCUCACAACCGAACAAGCAAUUGUGCAUUGUGACUUGUGGAGUUGACAAAACUAUCAAGGUUUGGGAUGCUACUACUGGCGUCGUGCAGUAUACUUAUGAAGGUCAUGAGGCACCUAUUUACUCCAUAUGCCCACAUUCAAAAGAAAAUAUUCAUUUUAUCUUCUCCACUUCCCUUGAUGGAAAAAUAAAGGCUUGGUUGUAUGAUAAUGGGGGCUCAAGAGUGAAUUAUACAGCACCUGGUCAAUGGUGUACUACCAUGGCUUAUAGUGCUGAUGGAACAAGGCUUUUCUCUUGUGGUACUAGUAAAGAAGGAGAUUCAUAUAUUGUUGAGUGGAAUGAAAGCGAAGGGUCUGUAAAGAGAACAUAUUCUGGUUUCCGGAAAAGGUCAAUGGGGGUUGUGCAAUUUGAUACAACGAAAAAUAGAUUUUUGGCUGCUGGAGAUGAUUUUGUGGUCAAGUUCUGGGAUAUGGACAAUAUUAACCUUCUGACAACAACUGAUGCAGAGGGUGGAUUGUCGGCUUCUCCACGCAUCCGCUUCAACAAAUUAGGAUCACUACUAGCUGUUUCUACUAGUGAUAAUUGUAUUAAGAUAUUAGCAAAUGUUGAGGGUUUUCAACUGUUACGUUCCUUCGAAAGUCGACUUUACAGUGUUGCGAGAUCAGUUUCUGAGGCAAAGGCACCGACCAUUAGCUCUUUGGGGGCCGUGAGUGCUAUGCCUGGAAUUAGUGUCGCUAUUGCUGAUCGUAGUACCAUAGUAGCCCCUAUUGUUGGAUUGAAUGGUGAUAGUCGUAGUAUUUCUGAUGUGAAGCCCAAGGUUCUUGAUGAGUCAGUUGACAAAUCAAAGAUAUGGAAACUCGCUGAAAUCACUGAACCAUCUCAAUGUUGUUCUCUUAGACUUCCAGAUAAUCUACUUGCUGUAAAGAUUGCCCGGCUGAUUUAUACUAAUUCAGGCCAUGCUAUCUUGGCAUUAGCAUCCAAUGCUGUUCACAAGCUAUGGAAAUGGCAGAAAACCGACAGAAAUGUCACUGUGAAGGCAACUGCAGCUGUGGCGCCACAGAUAUGGCAACCUACGAGCGGAAUAUUGAUGACUAAUGAAAUCAGUGAUACAAACCCCGAAGAAGCUAUUCACUGCUUUGCGCUAUCAAAGAAUGAUUCAUAUGUUAUGUCCGCAUCAGGCGGGAAGAUAUCCCUCUUUAAUAUGAUGACAUUCAAGACGAUGACAACUUUCAUGCCUCCACCACCAACAGCGACCUUUCUUGCUUUUCACCCUCAAGACAAUAAUAUCAUUGCCAUAGGCAUGGAUGAUUCUUCCAUCCAAAUCUAUAAUGUGCGGGUUGAUGAGGUUAAAAGCAAACUCAGAGGGCAUCAAAAUAGGAUUACUGGUCUUGCAUUUUCGAAUGUCCUUAAUGUUCUCGUAUCUUCAGGAGUAGAUGCUCAGUUGUGUGUGUGGGGAAUGGAUACUUGGGAAAAACAAGCGAGCAAAUUUUUACAGAUUCCUCCUAAUCGGAUGUCAGGUGCCUUUGCAGAAACCAAGGUUCAAUUUCACCAGGACCAGGUUCAAUUUUUGGUUGUUCAUGAAUCCCAGAUUGCAAUUUAUGAAGCAACAAAACUGGACUGUCAUAAACAGUGGAUCCCACGGGACAUGUCUGUAACACAUGCUACAUAUUCAUGCGAUAGCCAAAUGAUAUAUGCAACCUUCACAGAUGGAAGUGUGAGCAUCUUCACGUCUGCACUUCGAUUGAGAUGUCGGAUAAGCCCCAUGGCCUAUCUCAAAGCACCGCCAAGUGUGAACACGUAUCCUGUUGUGGUGGCUGCCCAUCCCACUGAACCCAAUCAGCUCGCCUUGGGUCUUAGCGAUGGCGGUGUUCAUGUGCUCGAACCAUUGGACUCAAACGAAGGCAAAUGGGGAUCCGCUCCCCCGACGGAAAAUGUAGGUGCCAGCUCCAGCUCCAGCCAACCUGUUGGAAAUCCUAAUUCAGAUCAACCACCAAGGUGAUACAGCUGCUGGAAGCUUAUUUGACAUUUGCGCCAAGUUUUCUUCUGGGAGUGUAGAGGGUUCGUUGCUCCCAAGGGGGGCAGUAAUUGGAAAUCAAGUUGAUCAAUGUGAGUCAGAUGUUUGACAUAAGUUUAGUGUAUGCUGAUUUGCAUCAGAAAAACCAUUGCUUUAUACAGAUCAUGGUGACUAACUUGUAUAUGGUAAAGCUUGCAUCAAGUAUUCUACUGAAUAGAAGAUGCAUGGAGACUGCUCAGUGGAAGUCAUGGGGAGUGCAGCAGCUGCCUUUGUUCACGGUUAGGCUCUUAACAGAAAAGUAUCAUGUUUUUAGAAAUUAUUUUUGCCUCAUCUUAUUAAAUUAUUUUGAAAUGUGUGAAGAAUUAGCAUCUUUUAUAUUGUAUCAGUAAUAUUCCAUCAAUAUUUUAUUUGAAAUCUUUCACUCCGUUGAUGCUUUGUUUCUUGUUAAUUUUUUAUUUCAGGUCCAAUGUAAUGUUUUAACUCUGGAUAGUUCCAAUUUUUUUGUUUUAUUAUUGGUAUA